UUCAAAACAAAAAAAAUACUCACAUGCACUACCUGCCGUUUUGAAAAUUUUCCCAUAUUUUCAUCAAUAAUUGUGGAAAAGAUUAAUUAAACCCCUGUUAAUCAGUCAGCGCCAUGAGUACUAUCCUCGAAAAAAUCGCCAGUAUCGAGGGGGAGAUGGCAAGGACCCAAAAAAAUAAGGCCACAGCCGGACAUUUGGGUCUUUUGAAAGCCCGACUGGCUAAAUUGAGACGGGAACUGAUUACGCCCAAGGGUGGCGGCGGUGGUACAGGAGAAGGUUUCGACGUUGCUAAAACCGGAGAUGCCAGAGUCGGCUUUGUAGGUUUUCCCUCAGUGGGAAAAUCCACUUUGUUGAGUAACUUGGCCGGAGUUUAUUCGGAAGUGGCAGCCUAUGAGUUUACAACGCUCACAACCGUUCCUGGCUGCAUUAAAUAUAAGGGGGCUAAAAUUCAGUUAUUAGAUUUGCCUGGAAUCAUCGAAGGCGCCAAGGACGGCAAAGGGCGUGGUAGGCAAGUGAUCGCCGUCGCCCGAACCUGCAGUCUGAUCUUCCUUUGCCUGGACGUUCUCAAACCUCUGGUGCACAAAAAAUUAAUCGAACACGAAUUGGAAGGGUUCGGUUUGAGGCUGAACAAACAACCACCGAAUAUCUAUUUUAAAAAGAAAGACAAAGGUGGAAUUAAUUUGAAUUGUAUGGUGACCCAAUCGGAAUUGGAUCCGGACACUGUCAAAACGAUUUUGUCUGAGUACAAAAUACACAAUGCCGAUGUUACUUUGAAAUAUGACGCUACUAGUGACGAUUUAAUUGAUGUUAUCGAAGGGAAUCGAAUUUAUGUUCCCUGUAUUUAUAUUUUAAAUAAAAUUGAUCAAAUUAGUAUUGAAGAAUUGGACGUUAUUUAUAAAAUACCUCAUUGCGUGCCGAUUUCUGCUCAUCACAGGUGGAAUUUUGAUGAUUUAUUGGAGAAAAUGUGGGAAUAUUUGAAACUUGUCCGAAUUUAUACGAAACCCAAAGGGCAGUUGCCCGAUUACAAUUCACCGAUUGUAUUACACUCGGAUCAUACUACUGUUGAAGAUUUUUGUAAUAAAUUGCACAGGAGUAUCGCUAAAGAAUUUAAAUAUGGUUUAGUAUGGGGCUCCUCUGUGAAACAUCAGCCUCAGAAAGUCGGCUUGGAUCACGUGCUCUCAGAUGAGGAUGUUGUACAAAUUGUUAAAAAAGUUUGAAGUUUUUUUUUUUUUAAUAAACAGAUAUGUGCUUAUGAGGUCUUUGUUUGAAAGAUUUUGUAACAUCAAUCUAGAAUAUUCAAUUCAAUUUACAGUUUAUAUGCAUAAAAUAAACUAACCAUGUAUAUUUUUUUUUUCAAAAAACCUCGGACAUAUCGAUUUUUUAUUUUGGUGGCCGUUUUUUUAAUGAUGUAUCAUGUAUACAGUGUACAGGGUGACUCAAAAGCAACUUAUGACAAUUUGAGUAAUUGAAGCCAAGUAAACAAUGUAUACCCCAAAUUCUUG